AUGCUACACAGACUAUUUGUGAGUGGGGCAGAUCUAAGAGGCUGUCGCAGCGUACUCUCUAGUACCCUCAUUCAGCGGAGGUAUUGGGCAAAACCGAAGAAGCGCCCAAAGGUUGGUCAAGGGUUUCAUGAAAAGGCUCAAAAAUGGCGUGAGGAAUACCUUCUUGACCGACACCGCGUCCUUGCCGAUAGUCUCCGCGCCUACGUGGAGUUUAGUGCCUCAAAACGGGUAGAGCCAUGGGACACAAGGUUUAGACCCUUUGACCGAGUCGAAAAGGAUGGGGUUUAUGUUCUGAUGCGCUACAUGAUGGAAGACAAGCUCCAACUCUGCAACUAUCACCACCGCCCUUCCAAACGAUUGUUUUGCAACGUUGGACUCAUGGGCCCACAAGUUACGACCAAAGCACGGUGGAAGCCGUAUCGCUACGCGACGAAUCCCGUGAACACGACAAAGGCGGAGAGGAUAUUUCAGAAGGACAAAACUGUUUUUACACAUGGCCACAGUGAUUAG